CUGGACUAGUGGCGCUAACAGACUGUUGCAAAUCACAGGACGCGGCGCGAGGCUGUUUGAAGGACCACCUCCCUAAUGCCCCGUUGUAGACGAUGCAAAGAGUCAGCGGCGCUCGACAAGCCGCUGUUUAAGUGCAUUCACUGCGGCAGAUGCUAUCAUUCCGCAUGCCACCGUCCCCAUCCACAAGGGCUCAUUACCAACUGGGUCUGCAAGCGCUGUCUUGCCGGCCAAGAAGGCCAAGUAAAGCGCCGCCGCCUCUACCAUGACAACUCGCUGUUGUCGUCGCGGGCCGCCUCUCCCAGCUCCGCAUCUUCAAGCCUCGAUAGCUUCCGUCGCACCAGGAUGUCGCCAUCCACCACCGCUGCUAUCAAUCCCAGUUCCUCCUUCACAAGUCACAGGUCUGGUGACUCAACCGGGCCUAGUAUCAUUAAUUGCUCCUUCACUGGAUGCCCCGCCAAAAUCGAUGGUAGCCGCCAGAUCCUGUGCGAGGCCCAUCUGCAGGUCUUCUCCAAAAGUGACAAGAACGGGGACUCGGGCCAAGCAAAUGGCACCCACGCGACACAGGGCCCAACGGGCACCUCGGACUCUCCUUUUCGGCCUCUGUCAGCCACAAAUCCUAGAAAGUUGCUGCCAGAGACUGACAAGGACCGGCCAAUCACAAUGCGCAAAACCGCUGGGAACCCGCCCCAGCUCGACGCGCAACAACUAAGACCAAAGCACAGCACGCCCCUCUCUCGCGGCGGGUCAACCAGUUUUCCGCCUUCAUCGCGGCCUUUGGCCCCUCGCCCCCCUGCCAACUCGCCCCCGGCGAGUCCUGGGUGUCUUCGGGAUGGAGAGUCCGCUAGGAAACGACAUAAACUGUCGCCAUCCCCGGGGCACUCGCCAGGGUCAAGAGUGAAUGGGGCGGUGCCACUCGAGCCUGUUCGAAGCCCGCAGUCUAGCCGUCGUGCAUCAAACCUGUCUCCCCAGGCUGGAAGAGCGCGAGAGAAGGAAGCUAAGGGCUGGCCAAAACCGAGCUCCAGGCAUCCCGUGAGGAGGGUACCCGUCGGGCUGUCUAGUCUGCGGUUUAUCGGGGGCCCGGAAGAGCCUACCCCCGGUGUGCUUUCCGAGCAGUCAAGUUCCGGACUGAACGGGUCCGCUGGGAAUGUUCAUCGGCGCAGCUCCGGGGGGUCAGAGUUGUCCCCCGACGGGGAGACGAAAGACUACUUCGGGAGGAAGAGGAGUAGCGCAGCUUCGUCCACCACCCUCACGGAGUCGCUGGACUCAUUUGGUCAGGCGCGGCGGCCCUCGGAGCCCUCGAACGGGAAAAGUAAUAAAACACGCCCCGAGGAGAAAGGGCUGGAUGCCCAAACUCCUCACGGGCCCUUCCAAGCCAACGGCAUCGCCUCUUCCAAGCCGCCCGCUCGGAAGAUGCACGUCCCCAUUCGGCCAGCACCAAUGCCCAAAACCCAACCCGCACAACUCCCAAAACCAAAGAAAAUAGACACCGCCCGCUUCGACGCCCUGAUCUACUCCCAACCAGGCGCCUCCUCGCCCCCUCCCGGCAUAGACCUAACCCCCACUAACCCCCCACCACCACCACCGCCACUACCACAAUCACAACCACAACCCUCAACCAAACAACCCACAACCAACACAGCACCAGAACCCGCACCACCAGAGACCCAACCCCAGGACGAACCCCUCUACCUAGCCAUCGACCCGCGCGUCCACUGGCCGCAGGCGCACUCGGCGGCCUGGCACGCCGCGAAGCGCGCCGAGAUGCGGGCGCGCGGGAACAGAAAGGCCAACUUUGGCCGCGCCGCCCAGUCGCUGCUGCGGAGGCGGCGGCGGCGCGAGGCGGGGGAGGCGGGGGGGCAGCAGCAGCCGUUCGAGGAGAGCCUGCCGGAGAAGAUGGCGGAGAACCCUGCGUGGGUGAGGGCUUUGAGGAGGUUGAGGGGUUUGCCUGGUGCGGGUGGUGUUGGUGGUGGGAAUGGUGGUGGUGGUGUUGGUGGGGGGUCGGUGUCUUCGGGUGUGGAGGAGGAGUGGGCUGGUGGUGGUGGUGGUGGUGGUGGUGGUGGUGGGUAUGGGAGUGGGGUGGAAAGGAGGGCGAGGAGACAUGGUGGUGGUAAUGGUGGUGGGAGUGGUGGUGGUGGUGUUAUGGGCAAGAGGGUGGGUAAUUCGGGGGUGGUGGUUGUCACUGGGCUGAAUGGAGUGCACAUGGAGUCGAUGAAGCGGUUUGAUGAGAGUGGGUGACAGAUGGGAAUGGGGCGCAGAUGGGGGUGAGUAGUAGAUGGGGGUUAGAGG